AUGGAGAGGGUGUUGAAGUCUCCUUGUGAUGAACAGCACCCUCAUCAGGCUGAAGACUUCCAUGCAAAGCCUGAGCAGAACAGCAAGCUUUCAGGAAUAAAAAAAGAUAUUGAAAGACUUUAUGAAGCAGUGCCACAGCUUGUAAAUGUGUUCAAAAUUAAGGAAAAAAUUGGAGAAGGUACUUUUAGUUCUGUUUACUUGGCCACAGCACAACUACAAACAGGAUAUGAGGAAAAAAUGGCUCUGAAACACUUGAUUCCAACAAGCCACCCUCUGCGAAUUGCUGCUGAACUUCAGUGCCUCACAGUAGCAGGGGGACAAGAUAAUGUUAUGGGAGUUAAAUAUUGCUUUAGGAAAAACGAUCAUGUGGUUAUUGUUAUGCCGUAUCUGGAACACGAAUCCUUCUUGGACAUUUUGAAUUCUCUUUCUUUUGAAGAAGUGAGGGAAUACAUGUUUAAUCUGUUUAAAGCAUUGAGGCGCAUUCAUCACUUCGGUAUUGUUCACCGUGACGUCAAGCCCAGUAACUUCCUCUACAACAGGCAUCUAAAAGAGUAUGCCUUGGUAGAUUUUGGCUUGGCACAAGGAACCCCUGAUACAAAAAUUGAACUUCUCAAAACUGCCCACUCUGAAGACCAGCAGGGAAGUUGCUUGCAAAAUAAUCCCACCAUACCCUUGGGAAAUGGGGUUUCUGUCAAUGUCACGGUACCUAGACAGAUAGAUCAACAGUCAGCCUCAAAACCAGCUGAUAAAAAGUUCAUCUCACAUUCAAAAAUACAGAUUAAAGAAGGAACAGAAGGAAAGGAGGGUUCUGUGCACCAUUCUGUCCAGCGCUCUGUCUUUGGAGAGAGGAAUUUCAAUGUAUAUAGUUCCACGUACCAGCAGAACUCAAGUACAAAAGUCAUGAAACAUUCCAAGAUGAUAGAUGUUUCAUCUAAGAAAUUAGUAACAAAGAAGAAAGUUAUUUCUACUAAAACACCGAGUAAUGGGGCAGCCAGGAAAGCUGCCAGUGGUUGUCCUUCAAACCUGAUCUGCGACUGUUAUGCAACAGAUAAAGUUUGCAGCGUUUGCCUUUCAAGGUGUCAGCAAGUUGCUCCCAGGGCAGGAACACCUGGAUUCAGAGCACCAGAAGUCUUAACAAAGUGCCCCACUCAGACCACAGCAAUUGACAUGUGGUCUGCAGGAAUCAUAUUCCUUUCUCUGCUCAGUGGACGGUAUCCAUUUUACAAAGCCAGUGAUGAUUUAACUGCUUUGGCACAAAUAAUGACAGUUCGUGGAUCCAGAGAAACCAUUCAGGCUGCUAAAACUUUUGGUAAAUCAGUUCUAUGUACCCAAGUUGUUGCAGCACAAAACUUAAGAACCCUCUGUGAGAAGCUGAGAGGAACAAAUAGCAGCUGUAAGAGAUCCCAGGGUGAAGUGCCCAGCAAGCCUGUUAGUGACUCAACUUUGCCAGUUGCAGUAGACAAAUUGUGUGCUCCUGAGAUACUCGGAAAACAAACUCAAUACCUAAAGAGCAUUCAGGAAGGUGAUGAUGCUUUGGAAAUGAAAGCAACAGACAUGAAAGGAUGGGAUCAAGUUCCUGAUGAAGCAUAUGACCUACUUGAUAAGCUACUAGACUUAAAUCCUGCAACAAGAAUAACUGCAAAAGAGGCUUUGCGGCAUCCUUUCUUUAAAGACAUGAGACUCUGA